AUGCUCUCCUUCAAGAAAGCGCUGGUGCUUUCGCUCGCCUGCCUCACCCUCUUCUUCGUCUUCAAGUCCAGCCACGGUCGCAGCACCGCGCCCACGUUCCGCAACGCCCACGACCUCCCCCGCCCCACGGCCUGGACGCCGCCCAAGACGGGCGCCCAGAAUGCCGCCGACGAUGCAAAAGCAGCCGCGAAGCAGGACACCACGGCCUUCGACACGCCCGACACCCCGCCCAAGAAGCCAAAGACGCAGUACUCAAUCGACGAGCUGAAACUCCGCCCCCUGCGCGACCAGCUCGAGUACCAGUUCCCCUACGACGUCGACGCCAAGACGCCCGCCUACAUCUGGCAGACGUGGAAGCACACACCCGCCCAGGGCGAGUUCCCAGAGGUCUUCCGCGAGUCCGAGGCCAGCUGGAGCAUCCACCACCCGACGUUUGUGCACGAGGUCAUCACGGACAACGUCGCCCUGCACCUGAUCCGCCACCUCUUCGCGUCGACGCCCGAGGUGCUCGAGGCCUACACCGCGCUGCCGCUCCCCGUGCUGAAGGCAGACUUCUUCCGCUACCUCAUCCUGCUCGCCCGCGGCGGCAUCUACUCCGACAUCGACACGUCCGCGCUGAAGAGCGCAACGGAGUGGGUGUCAGCCGACGUGCCCGCCAACAGCUACGGCCUGGUCAUCGGCAUCGAGGCCGACCCCGACCGCCCCGACUGGGCGGAAUGGUACUCGCGCCGCAUCCAGUUCUGCCAGUGGACCAUCCAGGCCAAGCCCGGGCACCCGGUUCUCGUCGACGUCGUGGCCAACAUCACGCGCGAGACGCUCAGGCGCAAGGCCCAGGGCACACUGAACAAGGACCACAAGACUAUUAUUGAGUUCACGGGCCCGGCGAUCUGGACGGAUACGAUUUUCGACUACUUCAAUAAUCCUGAUUACUUCGAUAUGAGCGCUAGCAAGGGCAAUAUUACGUGGGAGAACUUCACGGGUAUGAAGGCUGCGAAGAAGGUGGGUGAUGUGGUUAUUCUGCCCAUUACGUCGUUUAGCCCGGGCAUUAAGACGAUGGGUGCUGGUGAGGAUAAUGAUCCUAUGGCUUUUGUUAAGCAUCAGUUUGAAGGGACCUGGAAACCAGAGAAUCUGCGCCAUAUUGGCGAGAUCUUCCCCUGA